CAACAAAGUUGCGGACAGGGAUGGUGUUUCCUCUUCUUCUCCCGUCACAACUGAAAAACCGAGGGAUUCAAGCGUUUAAUGUUCCAUUGGGAUAACAACCACGCACAUCGAAACACAGCAAAAGAUGGAGAGGAGUCUCUUGUGUCUCCCUGUGUAGGUACGUGAUGGCCGUUGUCUUGCCCACAGCAGCUGAAGGCCCCCUCCAAGCCCAUGUAUGUAUGUUGUUAUGGCAACAAUAGAUGGAAACACGGACGUUGAGACCCUGUUGGCUGCGAUCCACCUGGAGCGAUACCUGAAGACCUUCCGCCAGUCAGGCUUCCUCUUGGCCAGGGACCUCAGCCACCUAGACAAUGGAGCUCUUAUCCAGCUGGGCAUAACUGCCACCGGGCACAGGAAGAGAAUACUGAGGCUGGUCCAGCACAUUCAGAGGGCCACCAAUCAGAAUCAGUCGAUAUCGAGACCCUUGGAGCCCUUAUUGGACCGUUGUCAGUCUGAGUCUGACAUUAAUUCCACACCCAUCCAAUCAGGAGGGCCGAAGUCUGACCAAGGGGGCGGAACCGGGGCCAUUCCGUUUGAAGCGUUCCGGAAUAGUUCCGUUCCAAACAUUCCAUCCAUGAUGAUGAACUCUGGGUCAGAGCGGCAGUACAAUGGGAAUGUUGUCAUAAAACCGGUUCCAAAACCUAGAACGGUGUUCUACAGACACAAAACAGAACCCGUCCGGUCCCUCUCCUGUCCCACACCACCACCACCAACACCAACAGAUCCCCAGGUUCUUACCCUAACCAGGAAACCAUCGCAGGAAUCUCUCUGCUUCACCAUAUUGGAAAGUUUGUCUUCAGGAGAAUAUAACAAUGACACAGUGGCGGUGGGUCCUACCCCUACCCCUGCCCUGAGACACAGCCUAAGCCUGAGAGAGAGGAGGCUGAGUAACUCCUCAGACUCUGGAGGUCCCCUGCCCCCUGUUCCCCCGCGGCUGAACCGAGGUAUCCCUCCAGCCAUGUUUAGGGGUCCUACACCCACUCCGCCAUCAUCUGGUGGAAGGACUGAACAAAACCAGGACCAGUGUAUGACAACCCCACCUCCGCCAUCCUUAUCCCCCUAUGACAACACUGGAUUCCCCUCUGUGACCACUUCCCCCCCCGGAUCCCCGAUGGAGAUGGUCUCCAAUGAGAUCUACUGUGGCACUUUACCUGGUACUGGAGCUAGUAGUGGACGGAUUCCCUGCAACAUUCCUCAAACACCACCACGUCAAGAGAUCCAUACCACUCCUGACAGAAAUAGCACUUUAAGUAACAACUCUUCUGAAUCGUCCCAUGGAGUCCCCAUGGAGGACCCAGAGGAGGAGAUCAGUCCAUAUUGUGAAACAGUCUUCCAGAGCAGACGACCACUGCACCACUCUGAGGUGGAAAGGACCGAAAGUGAAGGAAAGACCAGAAUGACAAGAAAGGAGGGAGAGGAUCAUGGGACACCUCAACUCGCCUGGGCCAAACGUCUGUCCCAGGCCCUCCACAGUGAGUCCCAGGGCUACAGCACCGUAGGAGAGGCAGCACCACCCCCUCGCUGCCUCUCCUUACCCCCCAACCUGUACCCCUCGGAGCCGGGUGAGGACCAGACAAUAUCCCCCUACGCCAGCUACACCUCUCUCUCUGAGCCGACUGCUCCCAUCAUCUGUGGCUGGCUGGAUAAGCUAUCACCACAAGGGAACUAUGUAUUCCAGAAACGCUAUGUGAAGUUUGACGGCAAAAAUCUGAUGUACUUCGGCAGUGAAAAGGACCCGUAUCCCAAAGGAGUGAUUCCUCUGGCUGCGAUACAGAUGGCCCGCAUGGCCAAAGACAAUAAAUUUGAGAUGGUGACAAGUCACAGGACCUUUGUCUUCCGGGCUGAUAACGAAGUGCAGAGACAUCAGUGGUGCAGCACCCUGCAGGGGAGGGUGAAGGAACAGCUUGUGUUUGGGCGUCCUCGCUUCGGUCCCGGCAGCCACUGUCAGAAGAGUGGUCCUCUGGAGCUCAAAGGGACCAAGUCAAAAGUUUACGUCGCCAUCAAUACAGAACAGGUCUGGGUGUACAAGAGCGAACAGUGUUUUCGAGAUGGGAUAGGAAUCACGUUGAUAGAGGCCAGAGGGGCUACGAUCAGAGACGGCAAAGGAAAAAGCUUUGACCUCAUCACCCCUUACAAAACAUUCAGUUUCACGGCUGAGUCUGAGCGGGAGAAGAAGGACUGGAUGGAGUCUGUACAGGAGUCCAUAGCAGAGACCCUGUCCGACUACGAGGUGGCUGAGAAGAUCUGGUCCAACAGGUUUAAUAAGAUCUGUGCUGACUGCAAAGCCGUCAACCCUGACUGGGCCUCCAUAAACCUCUGUGUUGUCAUCUGUAAGAACUGUGCAGGUCAACACAGAGGUCUGGGGACUAUGGUGUCUAAAGUACAGAGCCUGAAACUGGACACCAGCGUGUGGAGCAAUGAGAUCGUGCAGCUCUUCAUAAUGCUGGGGAACGACCGAGCCAAUGAGUUCUGGGCGGCCAGGCUAUCUCCAGCCGACGAGUUAGACCGUGACGCCACACCAGACCAGCGGAGGGAGUUUAUCAUCCACAAGUACCGUGAGGGGCGCUACCGACACCCCCACCCCAACUUCAACACACAGGAGGAGCUCCUUAAGGUUCUGUGUACUGCUGUGACUAAGCAGAACCUGCUGAAGACGGUCACCCAGAUCUUCACCGAGGCAGAGGCUGUCCGGGCCCGCCUCGCUGACUCUAAUGAUUACGACAAGCAUCUGUCUCAGGAAUACUCCCAUUCAGAGGGCACCUCAGACCCUGGUGUGUAUGAUGAGAUUAUGCAGGCCGUGCUGCACUCCGGCUACCUCUACAAGUCGGCCUCAAUGAAAAAAGGGACGUUAUCCAGGAAAACCCGAGAAGAUUUCCAGAAGUACUGGUGCACGGUGGAGAGGUCUCUUCUGUUCUAUGAGUCUGACCGAUGUCCUGAUCCUAGCAUGAAGAUCAACGUCAAAGACAUCCUCUGUCUGGGGGUCAGCAGGCCGGACUCCUGCAACAACAACGGCUUCAUUGACAGGUUUCUCUAUACGUUUGAACUGUACUUGUCCUCGGAGAAGCUCUAUCAGUUUGGAUUGGAAACUUCUGAGGCACUGCAAUGUUGGUCCAAGGCCAUCGGCAAGGCCGCCACACCUUUAAGCUGCCACUGCCUGCUAGCGAGGGCGUUUGAGCGGGUGGGAGUGCUGCGCUACAAGGCCAUGCGAGACCCUUCUCAGUGGAAAGAGGGAUAUUUUGUCCUUCAGAAGUCUAACCUCUUCAUCUGCCCUGGGAACGAUGGAGCAGCUGAGGACAUUAUCAACCUUAAACGUCUGCAAGAGCUCAGUAUAGUAACUGAGAACCAAAACCAUGAGAAGAAGGAAAUUCUGGUUUUGGUUGAAAAGGGAAGGACGCUGCACCUCCAGGGGAUGGGUCGGUUAGACUUCUCCCUGUGGUACGCAGACAUCCAGAGAGCUGCUGGAGGGAAGGGCAACACCCUGAGAGAACAGCAGCUCAGCAGGAAUGACAUCCCCAUCAUUGUAGACAGCUGCAUCGCCUUCAUCACUCAAUAUGGUCUGGGUCAUGAGGGGAUCUACAGGAAGAACGGAGCCACGUCCAGGAUCAAGCUACUGAUGGAGGAGUUCAGGAACGAUGCUCGGAACGUCAAGCUCCGGAUCGGGGAUAACUUCAUAGAGGACGUGACUGACGUGUUGAAGAGGUUCUUCAGGGAGAUAGAUGACCCCAUCUUCAUGGCUGACCUGCAUCCACUAUGGAAGGAGGCUGUCAGAACAGCCAAGGAUAAGAGCCAGCGUCUGGACAGAUACAAGGAGAUCAUCCGUAGUUUACCCAGAGUCAACAGGACGACUCUGGCUGCUCUCAUCAGCCACCUCUACAGGGUUCAGAAGUGUGCAGACCUGAACCAGAUGUGUACCAAGAACCUGUCUCUGCUGUUCGCCCCCAGCCUCUUCCAGACAGACGGGAAAGGAGAACACGAGGUGAAGAUCAUUGAAGACCUCAUAGACAACUACCUGUAUGUCUUUGAUAUUGAUGAGGAGCAACAGACCCAGAUAGAACUGGAGCUCAGCCUCAUCACCACCUGGAAGGACACACAGCUGUCUCAAGCAGGUGACCUGAUCAUUGAAGUGUACCUGGAGAAGAAGAUGCCGGACUGCUGCAUAACUCUGAAAGUGUCUCCAGCUAUGGGUGCUGAGGAGUUGACUAACCAGGUCCUGUACAUGAGGAACGUCCCAGCAGGGGAGAAGGACGUGUGGCUGACGUUCGAGGCCAUAGAGGAAGGACAACUGGAGCGCCCCCUACACCCCAAAGAGAAAGUGCUGGAGCAGGCACUACAGUGGUGUAAAAUGGCUGAUCCUAGUUCCGCUUACCUGGUGGUGAAGAGAGUUCCCAAAGGAGAGGGCAUUAACAUCCUGACUGCCUACCAGAGUGAGAUAAUGAAGAUGGGAGUUCUGAAGUGUCGUGAAGAGCCCCCCAAACUCCUCCACGGAAAAGGCUUUCAGGAACACACCUUUCAGAUCAAAGACCACAGGCUGCUGCUGCUGAAGGACAAAAAGAGCAUCAAGCCUGAAAAGGAAUGGGCUCUGAAGUCUAUGAAGAUCUACGUGGGAAUUCGAAAGAAGUUGAAACCGCCCACUAGAUGGGGCUUCACUCUCAUGAUGGAGAAACAUCAGCUGUACCUUUGUUGCUUUUGUGAGUCUGACCUAUGGGACUGGGUCACCAAUUUCCUCAAAGCACAGAAUGAUGACCCCCGACCUCCGGUGUUGAGGCGUCACUCCUCCUCAGACAUCUGCAAACAGAAGUUUGGGACCAUGCCCCUAGUUCCAAUCAGAGGGGACGGACACGAGAGCAACUCUACCAUGCUGUCAGCCAAUCAGACUCUGCGAAAGCUUCAUGCCAGAAGGACUCUCUCUAUGUUCUUUCCCAUGAAGGUGCAGCAGGACUCGUUCGAGGAGUGUCCAGAACCCCCAGAGCCCCCAGAACCCCCAGAGCCCCUCUAUGAGGAGGUAGGAGACUUCGGCCUGCAGGUCCUCAAGUCCCUGGAGACCAGCUUCCUCUCCAACAACACCUCAGAGACCCAAGAGGUCCCUGACCGGUCCCUGAGCCUCAGCCUGGGCCACCGGAAGACAGGCUCCCUGGACCGCAUGAUUGGCCCCAAUCCGGUGCACUCGCUGCGGUUGGGAGGAGAGGGUCUGCUGCCCCCUGCUGGUUAUCUGGAUACCCUGGUCCUGGGUGGAGGAGGGGACCUCCAGGAGUCUCCCCAGCCAGUGCCAAGGAGGAGGCAGCAGCACAGGCCCUGUACCCCCUCUCAGGAACUGCUCCUCCAGGAACUGUCCUCCGUCUUCACCAAGAAGACAGAGAAUGAGGAGAAACCGCCAGGAGAGAAGAACGUCAUCUGAGGAAAGGAAAAGGUGGCGAGAACAUCAUUUAAAAAACAACAAUAUUUUUAGUCAUUUAGCAGACGCUCUUAUCCAGAGCGACUUACAGUUAGUGAUCAUAUGAGGAGAGGAAGAGAUGAAGAGGAUGUUAUCUGAGGAGAGGAAGAGAUGUGUGCACACGUAAACUGAGCCCAGACAGACAGAAGACUGCAAUAACAUGGGAGUAUGGACACAACCUAUGUGUCAAAAAUACAUGAUCAGAUAUAAAUAACGAUUUACUUAUGUUUUAUCCUACAAACUGCUUACUGUUCUGCUAUCACUGUGAUGUACAUAUCCAUUUUAUAUUGAAGGAUGCUUCUUGGCUUAUAACAACCUUGCUAAUUGCUUUAGCUAUUAGCUAUGGGAUACCUUUUUGUACUUGUUUUUGAAUAGUUUACUAAACCACUGAGGGAGAAGAUAAAUGGAUCUCUCAUCAGGCAUUGUUGGUGGUAAUGCAUUAGGCAUUAAACACAUUUUAUUUAGUCUUAAACAACUGGAUUUUAAAUAUAAAUGUGUUACAGUCUCUGUGUGUAUUAAUUUAUUUGUAAAUAAUAUUUUAUCAACUUUUUUUGGUAAAAGCUGUGAAAGUAAGAAAAGGAGAGCUUUGCUUCUAGAAGCUCCACUAUCUGGCCAGAAGGUGGCAGUAUGCACACUGUCUGGCCAGCAGGUGGCAGUAUGCACACACUAUCUUCUAGAUGUCCACAGAUAAUCCUGAGCGUUGCUACACUAUCUGGCCAGAAGGUGGCAGUAUGCACACUAUCCUUUAGAUAAAAGGAUUCUUAGUUUAAUUCACCCAUGCACAACCACUGUAUGAUGCGAAUACAGCCAAAUAUAAUGAUUAUUAGUGGCACUACAUCCGAACAUUCUGAAUUCACGUUUGCACUUCCAAGUCUAUUGCUUUUUCAUGAAUAUGCCAUAUUCAAGAUAUCCUCCUUUGUCAUAAAUCUAAAUAGACAAUAAGAUAUUCCAAUUUGACUGCCUUUGCCAUGUGUCUAUAGUGUGUUAUAAUGCAUUUGCUUGCAUUGUCCUCCAUUAGUCUAAUUCCCAACUUACUGUAAAUAGUGCACAUUGUUCUGUAUGCUUAUACCAUUUCAAUAUCCAUUAUGCAGUGUUUUACAUUGUUGUUGCUACAUGAAGGACUAUAUUAAAUAUGAUAUUUUUUUUGUUUUA